AUGGAACCCCCGCUGGAGGCUCUUGGAUGCGGGACCGUCGCUGAAGACUCCGGACUGCGGACCGUCGCUGGGAAACCUCCGGUAACUGAGGGACCGUCGCUUGGAAACCCAGACUGUGGGGCCCGUCUCAGGAGGUUUCGGACUGUGGCCCGUACAUCAGGAGGUCGCACUCUCUCAGGAGGUCAGCUGUGGCCCGUUGCCCUGACAGCUCUGGAAGACGAUAACUGUCGCGGAAGCCUCUGGACUGGAACUGUCGCCGGAACAGCUCUGGGCUGUGAGAGGCGCACUUGUGAGCCUGAUUCGUGGGACGGUCACAGGUCGGCAACCGGGCUUGAUUUGACACAGACCUCAGGGCGAGUUGCGGGAAUGACGGCACCAGGACCGUACUGGGACUGUCUGAGCAGGCGCCACUGGAGACCUGAUGCGUGGGACUUUUCACCGAGACUGUGGUCACGCGGCUACAGAAAGCUGAUGACACACACCUCAGGGCUCGAUGUGCGGGGAAAGAGGGAUAACAGCGGGUGCUGUGAGCAACGCGCACUGGCAGACCUCGAUGCGUCGGAACCGGUCAGGUCCGGCAGCCGGGGGCUGAUGACACGCACUCAAGGCGCGAGUGCGGGUGAAGCAGGCAAUGAGCGUACUGGACUGUGGCAGUGGCACCCGGGCUGGAUGACCACACCUCAGGCCGGCGGCUGCGGGGAGAACGAGGCAGACAUGGAUGUACUGGACUGUGAGGCGACUGGAGACCGAUGCGUGGGACUUUACAGUGGGCACGGGCCUCGGAUGACACGCAACCAUCAGAGGCGAGUGCCACGAGAGGAGGCACAGGAUGUCUGGACUGGUGGAGCGGCGCACCCAGUGUCUGGAGGUCUACGAGCGCAGAGCGCACAAACCUUCCUGACUGGGAUGCUCCUCGACAGCCCGGCAACUCCGCCAAGGAAGGCGAUCCUGUCCUGCAGGUUCUCUCCCAAGUCCAGGAUCUCUUCCAUCCAGGAUCUCUUCCAAGUCCAGGGCCGUCAGAACAUCUCCCCAGAGAAGAUCCCGUGAGCGAUCUUGGAGACCUAAUCCAUCUACGGCGGCCGCAUCGACAACGAGUUUGACCAGCGGCUGCUCAACACCUUCCUGGACUGCAUCUUCACCACGGGCAGCUUCGACUCAGAGUUCAAGGUGGACGGCCACAAGGACAUCAAGAUGCCCGAUGGCAUCCGACGUGAGGAGUUCAUGAACUCCGGACUGCUGCCGGACACCCAGACCACGUCCUGGCUGGGCCUGCCUAGCAACGCUGAAAAGGUCCUGCUCACCACUCAGGGCACUGACAUGAUGGGUAAGAUGCUGAAAAUGCAGAUGCUGGAGGAUGAGGAUGACCUGACCUACGAGAAGGAGAUGAAGGGCGACCGCACGGCGUCCACCUCAACCGAGGCCCAGCCCGCCUGGAUGCGCACGCUGCGCACCACUGCCACCAAUUGGCUGAAGCUCAUCCCGCAGGUGGUCAACCACCUCAAGCGUACGGUGGAGAAUAUCAAGGAUCCCCUGUUCCGCUUCUUUGAGCGCGAGGUGAUGAUGGGCACCCACAUGCUUCAGGAGGUGCGGCAAGACCUGACUGAUGUGGUGCAGGUGUGCGAGGGCAAGAAGCAAACCAACGACCUGCGGACCCUCAUCAACGACCUUGUCAAAGGUAUCCUGCCUCGUAGUUGGUGCCGCUACACCGUGCUUGCCUCCAUGACUGUCAUCCAGUGGGUGGCCGACUUCAGCGAGCGCUUCAAGCAGCUGCAGGCCAUCUCCCAGGGAGCUGCCAGCGAGGGCGCUAAGGAGCUCAAGAACACCCAUGUGUGCCUGGGCAGCCUGUUUGUCCCUGAGGCCUACAUCACGGCCACCCGUCAGUACUGGUCCCUGGAGGAGCUGUGUCUGGAGGUCAACGUCACCACCACACAGGAGGACGCGCUCGACGUCUGCAGCUUCGGCAUCAAAGGUCUGAAGCUGCAGGGAGCUACCCACGGCAACAACAAGCUCUCUCUCUCCAACUACAUCUCCACUGAGCUGCCACUGACUCAGCUGCGCUGGGUGAAGCAGUUGAGCGCUGAGAAGAGGCACAUGGUCACUCUGCCUGUGUAUUUGAACUUCACCAGAGCCGAUCUCAUCUUCACCGUAGACUUUGACAUCGCCACCAAGGAAGACCCUCACAACUUCCACGAGUGUGGCGUGGCAGUGCUCUGCACAGAGUAGUGUCACCAGAAGCCUAGAGAAUUCCCAUUAAUAAAUCAUUCCUAUUAAUCAUUUAUUUGUAGUAUAGUACUCUUAUGAAACAGUUUGUAUGGUUAAUGUCGAUAUGAAACAUUUUAUUCAUGUAACUGUAGUUGAAGUAAAAUCUGCAUUUAACAUCACGCGCUGCCUCUUGACGCACUGCCUCUUCCUGUGGCCGCACACUUGUGCUGUCUCUGCUCGUGGAAGACCGAACUUCCAUUUGAAGAGUCACCUGAGAGGGACGGGACUGUCAGGAGAUUUCUCUGAAGAGCUCUUCUUUGGGAUUUGGUUGGCAGAUCGUAUCCAACUUUUAGGUGCCUACACCUACUGUACUGGUGUGUGAGGCAAUU